AUGGACGUAUUAUACUUUUCCGCAGUGACGGUAAACAAUUUGUUGGUGUUGCUGGAAAUCACACAACAAAGAAACGCCGCCACCAUAAAGGCAGCAAUACGCACAGAUGCAGCAGCACUUGUAAGCCACUCACUGCAGCAGCAGCAGCAGCAGCAGCAGCUGCAGCAGCAGGAGCAGCAGCAGCUGCAGCAGCAGCAGCUGCAGCAGCAGCAGCUGCAGCAGCAUCAGCUGCAGCGGCAUCAGCUGCAGCAGCAUCAGCUGCAGCGGCAUCAGCUGCAGCAGCAGCAGCAGCUGAUGCUGCUGCUGCUGCUGCUGCUGUUGCGCGAGCAGAAGCUGCAGGAGCAGAUACAGAAAGAACAGGAGCAGCGCCAGCAAAAAAGAGCAGCAGCAGAAGCAGAAACUGCAGCAGCAGCAGCAGCAGUAGCAGCAGCAGCAGCACGAGCAGAAGUUGAAGCAUAA